GCGGGACAUCCGACGGCGCAAGUUGGACAUAAAGUGACAGAUUUCACCUCCUUAAAAUUGGACGAAAAAGCCACGGACGACGCGUUACAACUUGUUAAACAUUUGUAAUGAUUUUCAGACAUGGACGACAUAAAUCUACAUUAUCGUUUGUUGAACUGGAGGAGGCGAAUCCGCGAAAUUCGUGACGUGCGAGCUGUGCGAUACCGGGAGCGACUGAAAAGAAUGCUAAGAGAUGGAGACAUAAUCAGGUAUCAAGGAAACUCAGAUGAGGUUGGCUGUUUUGUGGCAGCCAGGCCGUUGUCAAAAAGAAAUCGCUAUUUUGAAGUGACCAUCAUCGAUACGGGAGUGAGGGGCAUGAUCGCUGUUGGUUUGGUUCCUCAGUUGUAUAAGCUGGACCAUCAGCCUGGGUGGCUGCCUCAUUCUGUCGCCUUUCAUGCUGAUGAUGGCAAGCUGUACAAUGGCAACACUGUAGGCCAGCAGUUUGGUCCAAAGUGCUGCAGAGGCGACAGAAUUGGCUGUGGUAUAUCACUGGACUCUGAAGACGGACAGUUAACUGUGUUUUUUACCAAGAAUGGAAAGGAAGUAGGCAGUGUGGAAAUCCCAGUGUCUCCUGAUGCUCUGUACCCUGCUGUGGGUAUGCACUCUUUGGGGGAGGAAGUGCUGCUGGACUUGCACGCUGAAUGGGGGAUGGAGGAGGAUGAUGGACUGAUGAUAGUGGACAGUCAUGAAGAGGACUGGGCUCGUCUCCAUGACGUCAAGGUGACGGGCACGAUGCUGGAGUAUGUGGGGAAAGGGAAGAGCAUCGUGGACGUGGGUUUGGCUCAGGCACGUCGGCCUCUCAACACACGCUUCCACUACUAUGAGCUGGAGAUCACAGAUGCUGGAGAAAAGUGUUAUAUCGCCCUGGGGCUGGCACGCAGGGACUAUCCAAAAAAUAGACACCCAGGUUGGAGCAGAGGGUCUAUAGCUUAUCAUGCAGAUGAUGGAAAGUUGUUUCAGGGCAGUGGCGUUGGAGACGCCUUCGGCCCACGCUGCUUUGAAGGUGACAUUAUGGGCUGUGGAAUCAUGUUCCCACGAGACUACAGCCUUGAUUGUGGAGAUGAUGAAGACGACUGGGACCUCGAUGUGUUUCCCACCAGUGAGGUUCAGAAUGACUUGUAUGCAAACGAAGAUGAGGAGGAGGAAGAAGGAGAAGAUGUGGAGGGGACAAAAGUCAUGGUUUUCUUCACCCGAAAUGGAAAGGUGGUGGGUCGAAGGGAGGUGGCCUUACCAGCAGGAGGCUUCUACCCCACCAUCGGUAUGAUGAGCACUGGGGAGAAGGUCAGAGUGGACCUCCACCCCCUCAGUGGCUGAAGUAAAAGCUGAGUGGGGAAUCUAGACCAAGGAAGGACUGAGGUUCAAAUUUAUGAAAAAAAAAAAAAAAAAAAACGGGCAAAAACAACUGUUACAGUUGCAUCAACUCUCCAAGACCUAAUGUCAGAAGUCACUCCAGAGUAGAGGUUCCUCAUGCUCUAAGAAUGUUUGAAUGUGCUGGCCAAUGUUGUAUAUUUAUA